GGUGUUGUGUUGUGUUGUUGUCAGUCUCGGCUGGAAGAUGGCGCUGAACCGGAGCCACGCGCCGGGCGGUGGUGUCCUGCUGCCCUCGGGCGAGAGUAUUCUCAAGCAUUGUAAAGAUGUGGAGCUCUCCUUCAGCGAUGUGUCUGACAGGUCUGAUAUGUUCAGAGGCACCAAGAAAGGAAUGCUGUACCUUACUCCCUACAGGAUGAUUUUUGUGUCAAAGGGCAAGGACCCCAUGCUGUCCUUCAUGAUGCCAUUCUAUUUGGUAAAAGGGUGCUCCAUUGAGCAGCCUGUCUUCUCUGCCAACUUCAUCAAAGGAGUGAUCCAGGCUGAGGCAGGAGGUGGCUGGGAAGGGCAAGCUUCAUUUAAACUGACCUUCAACAGUGGAGGAGCCAUUGAGUUCGGGCAAAUGAUGUUCAAAGUUGCCACUAAUGCUUCCAGAGGGGCUCCUGUUCAGAAUCCUAGCUAUGGCUAUAUGCCAGCCUGUGGAGGCUAUUCGCCUGCUCCCAGUGGCUAUUCACUUGCCCCAGGUGGCUAUUCACUUGCCCCAGGUGGCUAUGCACCUCCACCAGCUAAUGGACCAUAUCCUUAUGUGCCUCCACCAAUGAAUGGAUAUGGACCUGUUUCACAACCGAUGGGCUACCCAUAUCCACCACCUGCAGGGAUGAACCCUGUGUAUAUGCCACCUCCUCCACCAUAUACUGGGCCUUCACCAGCAGGACCAUCGGCCCCCUCAGCCCCUGCAGCCUGGGCGGAACCUGGAUUGUCAGGUGACAGUAAAGCAGCGGAAGCGGCUUCGAGUGCAUAUUAUAACCCAGCCAACCCCCACAAUGUUUACAUGCCUAUGGACCCACCACCUCCUUACGCUCCUCCCGAGGAGAAAAAGAACAACUAACAGAAAGAACCCAGCAAGCAACUUCCCACGAUCUUCCUCCAUGAAGACUCUUUUGUCAUCACCACCACCCCCUCAGUUUAGUGCAUCUCUAGUUUGUGUGUAUAUGACAUACCUAGUACUGAGUGGCAUAAACACCCACCCUUCUUAAACACGCAGUAUGGCAAUAUAAAGCAGAGCAGCAGUACUUUCUGCCUGUUGGCUCUAUACUCCAGGUCGGAACAGAGUCCGUUUAGGAUAGCUUCUGUUCUUUUGCUUGAGAGGAGAGACGUAUUCUCCUUGACACAUUUCUUAGACCAACAGACAGAGCACCUACCUAAUUUUAGGAAUAAAGUAUUAAGGCUUUCUGACUGAAGUGGAAACAACUUGAGGCAGAAGCUGCUGAACAGUCUGAGGCAGCAUUUGGAGGGAGCGUGCUGCCAUGUUCCCCCACAGCAGUAUAUGCCUGGAACCUGUUACAGUCUGGUGUGGAAGAUAAGACUGGAAGUGAUGGGAUAUGCUAAAAGCCUAUACACAUGGUCUUCCUGGUUCUGUUGAAGUGGUGCAACUUUUAAUUCAGGAAACAUCUCCUGAGAGACUUGGCUAGUUCAGAAGUAUUUAGUAGUGUAUGUGCCAGAGGGGAUGAGCUUUGUAGCACAGAGACAGGCCUAAUAGCUAAGCAGCAGUGAAGACUCUGAACAGGCUUUGAGUAAAUCAGCCUAAUAUAAAUCCCUAAGGGUGGAAGAGGCAAACAGCAGUGCAAUUGUAUCUCUGCCAGUAAAAUCCUCUGUGCAUGUGUCUUUCUCUUCCCAGUCAACCUCCCCCCAUCACAGAAUGGGUGGUUGAGGGACAUGCUGAGGGUCUCUACUCACUGAGGCAUGUAGAGAACCAGUGGUGCCUACCACCUUUCCUUUACUUUUCCUCUAGUGAGAGCAUGUUCUUGUGUAUGGAAGAUAUGUCCUUGAAGACAUGGCAACGUAUGCUAGCCUGGUGGUGUGGCCUUCUGAUGCUGGUGAUAGACAACACAAUGAAGGGAUCUUGGCGUCUGAACUGGAAAUGGGCAAAGGCUUUAUAAAGCCCACCUGCCUUUGUAAAUAAAGUAAAACAACUAAUAGGGUUGGGUAGAGGUGACUGGAGUUUGGGCUGCAAGUAGCACAAGCAUGGUGGCAGUGGGAAUGAAUCCAAGUCUUCCUCAGGCUCCCAGAAAUUGGCUCCACCUCUAUGCACUGAUGCUAUGCUUGGCAGCAACCUACAUUCCCAUCAGAGGGAACAAGCUCUAGCUAAGGGGGGUGGGCACAGAGUCCUUUGUUCCACCCCAAGUGUGCCAGCUGAGUGAGACUUAGAUUGUGGAGGACAGACUAGUUCACUUCACUGUGCUCCUGUUGCAUUCACCCUUUGGCUCAAGUUUUAUAUCUGCAUCCUAGCAGAGGUGGAGCGUGACACUGGAGUUCCACUGCACAGGGUGCGUUCUGCUUCCUAAAUGGAGCUGGUAUCUUCAUGCUUGCCCCUGGUAAUGCAGCAUCCUUUCAAUAAGCGGAUUAUUUUUUUGUGAUAUGGCUGUAAUGCCCUCCCUUCUGUUACCAAAAAUACAAUGACACAGCUAUGCCCUUCUCUUCUCCCCUAGGAGCCUUUGACUUUGCUCCAAGGGUUACAUCUCACUUGUCUAAUAGAGAACCAUGUGAUUCCUUGUGGGACCUGAUUACCCUUCUUCCCUUCAACACUGAGUAAGGAAUAUUUUCCUGCCCCCUUUCCUCCCUGUGCAGGAGGACUACUUUACAAGGUUUCCAAUGUUACGUAGAUUUCUUGACAGCCCUGUGCAAAGGACUGAUUUUCCUUUUCCUAAGAGACAUUUUUAAUCAGAGUCUGAAAUGCUCUAAUCAAUUUCUGGAACUAAGUGUUUAGCUAUGAAUGUUUGUAACUUUUGCAUUGCACUUUAAUACAGAAGCAUUUAAUCUUUA